GAAAAAAGAAGAAAAAAAAGGAGAAUGCUUAGUUGCAGCAGAAGCAUCUAUUUCACAAUCUGGGUGUGUCAGGCAUUUUUUCUGCUGCUAGAGCUGCUUACCCACUAUGGUGCGUCGCAGACAAUCGUCAAGAACUUGCCAGGGUUUUCUGGUGACCUCCCCUUCAAGCUUGAAACAGGCUACGUGGGGGUGGGCAAUUCUGAAGAACUGCAAAUGUUCUACUAUUUCACUGAGUCAGAAAGCAGCCCAGAAAAUGAUCCUCUGCUUCUUUGGAUGACCGGAGGCCCCAGAUGUUCUUCUUUCUAUGGCCUCAUAUAUGAAAUUGGUCCAAUAUCUUUCCAAUUUAAUGAUUUGUCCAAGGACCCAUUGAAACUUGUUCUGAAUCCGUACUCAUGGACCAAGGUAGCAAACAUAAUAUUUCUAGAUGCCCCUGCUGCUACUGGUUAUUCAUACUCCACAACUCUGGAAGGGUUAAUCAGUAGUGACACCCUGCAUGCUACAAGAGCUUAUCAGUUUCUCCAGAAAUGGCUUGUGGCUCAUCCCCAGUUUCUUUCGAAUCCUCUCUACAUUUCUGGAGAUUCUUUCACGGGCAAGAUUGUUCCCAUCAUUGUUCAGCAUAUAACACAGGGUUUUGAAGCUGGGAUGGAGCCAGCUUUGAAUCUCAAAGGAUACAUAAUUGGCAAUCCAUCUACAAAUGCUAAAGAGGAUUUUAAUUCGAGAAUUGAAUAUGCUCAUCGUUUGGGACUUAUAUCGGAUAGAGUAUAUGAGUCAUCAAAAAGGAAUUGCAAGGGUGAGUACGUAGAUGUAGAUCCAAAAAAUCAGUUGUGCCUCAACAGUCUCCAAGCUUUCAAGGAGUGCACUAGGAGACUUGAUACAGAACAUAUACUGGCACCUUUCUGCGGAAAGGACUAUUAUAACGAGUGGACAAUAUUAAAGACGAACGACAGGGAGUCUAUGGAUGAUGUUUUCCUAGAUUUUCCCUCCCCUCUCCAGCUGUGUCGGGAAGACAGGAUUCGCUACGCAGUUCUUUGGCAAAAUGAUAUAAAUGUUCGCAAAGCUCUCAACAUCCGGGAGGGAACAAAAGGAGAAUGGGCUAAAUGCAAUAAAACCACACCUUACACGUUUGAUGUACCAAGUAGUGUUGACUACCAUCGAAACCUCAGCGAAAAGCACCUUCGUGCUAUAGUUUACAGUGGUGAUCAUGACAUAACCAUUCCAUAUAUAAGUACACUGGCAUGGAUUGAAUCCUUGAACUUGACACUUGAGGAUGAUUGGAAACCAUGGUUCUCUGAUCAUCAAGUUGCAGGAUACACAAUGUACUAUUCAAACAACGAGUAUAAUUUGACAUAUGCGACUAUAAAGGGAGGAGGGCAUACAGCUCCAGAGUACAAUCCUAAGGAAUGCUUUGAUAUGAUCAAUAGGUGGCUGGCGCAUUCUCCUCUUUAACCUAGUAUACUAAAUUAGAAAAAUUACUGCAUUAUACAUAUGUAAUGUUUCACUGUAACUAAAAGUACAUGAUCACUUAUCUGAGUGUAAUUUUAAUCUACAACCUUCAACGCGAAUACGCUAAAGUGUAUGAAAGUUGAGGUGGCAUUAUUUGCA